CUACAAAGUACACAGAUAAAGACAAUGGAGGAAUGCUUGUAUGGUCUCCAUAUCACAGUAUUCCAGAUGCCAAAUGUAGUGGGUUGAUCAUUCCAAUUUGUGUCAGGCCCAGGAAGACAGAGGAAACCUAGGAUCUGAUGGCAUUUUGCUGCUUAAAUCCUCGAGCAGGGGAGGGAGUUGCUAUGUAGACAUCUGCCCAGGUUUUUCCUCAGUGUAUGGAGAUGUAAAGAAAAGCCUUCCAACUUCAAAGAGCCCACUGUCAGUACCAUGUUAAAGAGGAAAGGGGAAAGAACUGACUCCAGCAGCCAUCAAUCAGGUCAUCUCUGUGCUCUCCAUUUCUGGACGGAGGCCUUCUGGAUCAUUGACCAUGCACUUCUUGAAUCAUGGUGUGGCUUUAGACUUCAAUGUGAUGUAGCGGACCUGAUCCUUUGCGGCACAUCAGAUAUAGGAAACGUGCAGUGGAUGAAUAUAUUGCCAUUGCAAAGGAGAAACAUGGCUACAAUGUGGAACAGGCACUUGGCAUGUUGUUCUGGCAUAAACAUAACAUUGAGAAGUCCCUUGCUGAUCUCCCUAAUUUUACUCCCUUUCCGGAUGAGUGGACAGUAGAAGAUAAAGUCCUAUUUGAACAAGCCUUUAGUUUUCAUGGGAAGAGCUUUCACAGGAUUCAACAAAUGCUUCCAGAUAAGACCAUUGCUAGUCUUGUAAAAUAUUACUAUUCCUGGAAAAAAACUCGAUCUAGGACAAGCUUGAUGGAUCGCCAGGCUCGGAAACUAGCUAAUAGACAUAAUCAGGGUGACAGUGAUGAUGAUGUGGAAGAAACACAUCCAAUGGAUGGAAACGAUAGUGAUUAUGAUCCCAAAAAAGAAGCCAAAAAAGAGGGUAAUACCGAGCAACCUGUCCAAACUAGCAAGAUUGGACUUGGAAGGAGAGAGUAUCAGAGUUUACAACACCGCCAUCAUUCUCAGCGUUCUAAGUGCCGUCCACCUAAGGGCAUGUAUUUAACCCAGGAAGAUGUGGUAGCUGUUUCCUGUAGUCCCAAUGCAGCCAACACUAUCCUCAGGCAACUGGACAUGGAGUUGAUUUCUUUAAAACGCCAGGUUCAGAAUGCUAAGCAAGUAAACAGUGCACUUAAACAGAAAAUGGAAGGAGGAAUUGAAGAAUUCAAACCUCCUGAGUCAAAUCAGAAAAUUAAUGCCCGUUGGACCACAGAGGAGCAGCUUCUAGCAGUGCAAGGUGUCCGCAAAUAUGGUAAAGAUUUUCAAGCUAUUGCAGAUGUAAUUGGCAACAAGACUGUUGGCCAAGUGAAGAACUUCUUUGUAAACUACAGGCGUCGGUUUAACUUAGAGGAGGUAUUGCAGGAGUGGGAAGCAGAACAAGGAACCCAGGCUUCUAAUGGUGAUGCUUCUACUUUAGGGGAGGAGACAAAAAGUGCUUCUAAUGUGCCAUCAGGGAAGAGCACUGAUGAAGAAGAGGAGGCACAGACCCCACAGGCUCCUCGGACUCUGGGUCCAUCACCUCCUGCCCCACCAUCCACUCCAACACCAACAGCCCCCAUUGCCACUCUGAACCAGCCUCCACCACUUCUUCGUCCAACACUGCCUGCUGCCCCUGCUCUUCACCGGCAGCCUCCUCCGCUCCAGCAGCAGGCUCGGUUCAUCCAGCCUCGGCCAACUCUAAAUCAGCCUCCACCACCUCUCAUUCGCCCUGCUAACUCUAUGCCACCCCGUCUAAACCCAAGACCAGUGUUGUCCACAGUUGGUGGUCAGCAGCCACCAUCACUUAUUGGAAUUCAGACAGACUCACAGUCCUCACUGCACUAAAAUUAAGUUGGACAGAGCUGCAGUAACUUUUCCCACACCAUAUACCAAUGCUCAUCUGACCAGCAAGAACGAGGAAAGACUAAUCCUUCCUAGAUACUGAGGCUGGAACUGAGGCAGUGGGCUAGCGUAGUGGAUGUCUAAGAAAUUUUUUAGUUCACACAACUGAGAUGUUGUAUAAGAAAAAGCCUACAGUUAGGCUCCUUUCUAGAGUAUAUAUUCAGCAACAUGCUCUCAUAAAAGGAAAAAAAAAAAGAUUAAGUAUUCUGUAUACCAAGGGGUUUUUGUUUUUACUGUAUUUAUUUUAUUGAGAUUUCUUUAUAUUCCUGCCUCUUCAUAGUCAAGGCUCUUAGUACAAGAAUAUUGACAUAGGAAUUGUGAAAACUCCUUAAGUUUCUCAAGAUAAGGAUGUUUGACUUUUUUUUUCUUUAAUUUAAUUUUAACAUUUUCCUAUGUUAGGAGUGUAAGAAUAAGUAGCCUGCAUUUCAUAUUUUGGCAUAUGUUCAUUUAAUGCAUAUUUAAGAAAUUAUAGCUGCAUAUCCCUUUUUAAAAAAAUAAAAUCUUGCUUUCUUUUCUAAAGGAAUAUUAAUAUGUUCCUUUCAAAGAAAGCAAUUUAAUCAAUUGCAAAGCAAUUAUAUGAAACCAGAAAGAAUGUACUGAACCUACUAACCAUUUAAAAUGAGCUUAGGGUCCUAGUGCAAAGUCCUUGCUUAAAGGUCAUUGACCUGUCAUCUAUCAGUAAGAAGAGGAUCAGAGUAAUAAUUCAUACGAAUGAGGAAUUAAUUUGUUAAAGGACAAUGUCUUUAAGUUCCUUGAAAAUGAAGUUAAUUUUGAUUUUUUUUUUAAUGUUUCUAAAUGCUGUCUGCUUUUAACUAGUAGUUGCCUACAUCUAGGGAUGUUAGAAGCGAAUUAUAUUUUGUCAGUUAUGUGGAGAUAGUGGUAAUGGAAGCAUUUAUUACAAUACCCUUUUUGUGUUUAGGUUCUGAACUUAAAACUGCCCUCACACUUAAUAUGGUCUGCAUUUAAUAUAAAUGAUGGUUUCUUGAUAAAUCUCUAUUGUACUAUUUGGAUACAUUUGUGUAUUUCUUGUAGCCAACGUGUAUGACUGGGUUUGGUUUAGGAUUAAAUCAUCAACAUUAUUUUAUAAAAUAAAUUUAAGGAUUUGUUUUGUGUUAUCUAAAGAUAUAUCCGUAUAUUGUCACAAUUGUGCUGUUAACUUAAAAUGCUGAGACCCCUUUUUA